AUGGACCCACGGCAAUCUUAUUAUAACACCUGGCUGGCGCGAAGCGAGCUUCCGAAGGAGAGUCUCUUCCGGACGCGAUGGUGGCCCCUUGCGUUCGAGAGGGCUGGAAAUGGGCUCCGAUCCAGAAAUUUCCUCCAUUGGUCCCAGCCGGGGUUCCCCUCCCUCACCGCUGCUCUCCCGGACGCGACUGUGUCGGUAAAGACGCUACAGGUGGCAGAGCCUUCCCCCGGCUCCGGCAUCGUCACACAUUAUCGGGCCGAGAGGGUGGUUGCCCGGUAA